AUGCAACACUUAAGAGCAUGGUUUGCUGGGGAGAGAUGUGCUUUACUUUUCACUUGCUCUGAUACAUGUGCUGUCGUGUUAUUGCAAGCAAAGAUCCGACAUUACAGAACAGAUGCUUUCUUGUUAUGGUUUUAGUGGGCGCGAGUAGUCGCUCUUAGUCAUGGGUGUUUGUGGUACUAGGAAAUACGGGCAGAGUGAGAACUCUUGUUGGACAAGUAGCAAAGUCGCUGAGGGAAAAUGGCUUCGCUUUUAAAGUGUUUGAGUUUGUCAGGCAGGCGAAUAGUAGCAUCUUGUGUGACUUUACGGUGUCAUUCUUCUCUGACAGAUGAGCUGAUUGAAAACAUGGAUAAGAAGACAACCUGGGACCGUUUCUACGCUGAGAGCAGCAGCAGGACACCCACCUUCAAGAAUUUUGAGUGGUUCUUUGGCUUUGAGGCUGUCCAGGACUUCAUUAUGCCACUCUUGCAGACUAAGUCUCAUUCAGAUGGCUGCCUCAAAGUCGUGGAUAUUGGAUGUGGAACUUCUGCUUUGGGGCCCUGUAUUUACAGACACUGUCUUCUCCCUGUCUGGGUGACCUGUGCUGACAUUUCACCCAUAGCUGUGCGACUAAUGCAGGAACAUGUCCAAGUCAAAGCCAUACAACCUCACAAUCUUUCUUCUCAGCUUGAGUUUGUAGAGCUGGACUGCAUGCGGCUUCACAAGUACUAUGGUUCUAACAGUGUGGACCUGAUAGUUGAUAAGGGCACCACAGACGCCUUAUUGAGGUCUAAGGAAGGGAAAGGGAAGGCCGGCCUGGUGCUGAACCAGUGUUUGAAGGUGUUGCGAAGCUCGGGAACUCUGCUCCAGUUCUCUGAUGAGGACCCUGAUGCCAGGCUGCUGUGGCUGGAGACUGAAGCACAGGAGCCCGGGGUGAUGGAAGCAGAUGUAGGCGUGCAGGAGGUCGGAGAGCUGAGGGGAGUGUGUUACUACUGCUACCAAGUGACUCCUCGUCUUGUUGUACAACAGUAAUGUUCUACCUCUGAGUGGUCAUAAUAUUAAAUCAGUAGACUCCUGA